GUCCAUCUAUAUUCAUAUUUUCUACUUGAUCUCAAAGUUAAAAGACAGGUUACAAUGUUGCCGCACUUUUCGUUUCUUUAUUAACUUGCUUUCUUGACAACACACCACAGCAAGCAACACCUCCGGUCACUUCAGUCCACUGCCGGUUGCCGGCGAUUACCAGCCUGCAGGUAAGGUGUUUGACGAAUUGUUUGAGUGAUAAGUUCAGUCGUUGGUGAAGUCUGAGUAACCAAGAUACACGAGGAGUUGAUUGUAAGCAAAUGUUGGGUGGUUUUGGGUUGGUCCUCAAAAUGAAAAUUUUCCACAAUUCAGAUAAGCAGUCUUUUGGCAUUGUAUUGAAUGACUGUCAUCUUAAAAAUGAAAAUGUGACCGUCUCUGGUGACUAAAUUUUGUUUUUGGAGAGGAGUUUAAUCACAUUGCGUGACUGCUAUCUUGUGUUGGGUUUAAAUAAGGUGUGAAUGGGAAAUGUGGGGAACUAAGUAAGGGGAAAAUGAAAAGUCAUUUCUCACUCAUUGGUAGAAGAGAGGAAAAGUUUUGUGCUUAUAUUAGAAAACACAUGCUAUGACUCCUAAGGAUUAAGUAGAGGUGCCCCUAGCACCGUCAUCGUCGCUCGGCUCGACCUCAGCUUUGGUUUUGACAAAUUAUGUGAUUAAUUAAUUAAUUUGCGAAUGGACAUUUCCUAUCCCAAAAUGCCUGUUCUAAAUAGAUGAGUCUGUUCUAAACAGGCUGCAUAUGAUGUCCAAAUUAGCAAUAAUUACAAGACUGGCUAGACAAAUUAGUCAGCUUACAGUGAAUAGAACUUCCGUCCUCACUUGCAGUUACAGUACAGAUGUGCGACAUUCAACCUCCAACAGGGGUGAUGGAGAGACAACAGGGUCCUUUGGUUAUCGAUUUGGCUAUAAAUCUCUCUCUUCCCUUGCAGGAAAACCCAUUGGCAACUCCAAGCCCCAAGUAGGAGAAAAUGUUUCAAGGAAGGACAAGAUUAGCUUUCUUGUAAAUACACUUCUUGAUCUAAAGGAUAGUAAGGAAGCUGUAUAUGGUGCACUUGAUGCUUGGGUUGCAUGGGAGCGGAAUUUCCCCAUUGGAUCCCUAAAGCAGGUAUUGCUCAAACUAGAGAAAGAGCAACAAUGGCAUAAAAUUGUUCAGGUUAUUAAGUGGAUGUUAAGCAAGGGUCAGGGAAAUACAAUGGGGACAUAUGAGCAGUUAAUUAAAGCACUGGAUAUGGAUCACAGAGCAAAAGAGGCACAUGAGUUUUGGAACAAGAAAAUCGGUUCUGAUCUGCAUUCUGUGCCCUGGCGGUUAUGUAGUCUUAUGAUUUCUGUAUAUUAUCGUAAUCAUAUGCUUGAGGAUCUUAUUAAGCUAUUCAAAGGCUUAGAAGCAUUUGAUCGGAAACCUCCUGAUAAGUCCAUUGUACAGAAAGUAGCUGAUACAUAUGAGGUGCAAGGCAAUCUCGAUCAGAAGGAUCGCUUACUAGAGAAGUACAAAGACUUGUUUACAGAGACAUGGAAUGGAAAUCCAAAGGGAUUGAGAGGAUCUCGACCCCAAAGAAAAGAAAAACAGGCACAGGAAGAUUAAGGGUUAUAUCAAAUAUGUUAGUAUGCAGGUGUUCGAUAUCAGGUUUAUCAAUAUUUUUCAGAGAUGUUAUCUUGGUGCGUUUGAAAUUCAUUUGUUACACUGUCAAGAAUCAAGCAGAACCCCCUGCAGGACAAUGGGAGCCUGUGCGACCAUGCAUUCGCCCGGUGUAAGUUUAGUUGAAACUUUUAGAUACUAUUCAGAUCAAACUGCUAUGCUUUUAUGUAGUUUAAGCAUUUUAUGGUGCUUGUCUAUGGAGCUAGAAGAUGCGAUUGAAACAUUUACGUAAACGAAAAAAAACAGAAUGGUGUUCAUGUUUUGAGAUUGAUGAAAUUCCAGUUCUUGAUUAUA